GAGAAAGCGGGGGCGCGUUAAAUUUGCGACAGUGAAAUCUAACGUAAAUUAUGUAUAUAAUUGUAGAAGCAAACGCCAUGACACCAGAUUAACGUAAAUAACCUACGUCUAGAGCACGUAAAUUAUUACUGACACAUCAGAACGUGCAGACUCUUUCGAAAACGGCUACUGGUCACUACUAAUCUAGUAGCAGACGACAAGGACGCACUUUUCCGCCCGUUUGUUGAUUUUGCCUCUUCUAUCGAUGUGUGAUAACAGUUGAUAACGCUCCAACAUACUAGAGCAGUGCUUAGCGGGUGCGGGCAGCAAAGUUCUUUUUUUUUUUUUUUACUUGUUAUCAAUGAGUAGGAUCCGGUUGUUUGGCUUUGCGUUGGCUCGAACUCAGUGAUUCCCGCCACCCGCGUUCGUCCGCACGUAAAGUACGUAAACAUCAUGGCUGUUUCUCGGAUUACCGUGGAACUUUUUUACGAUGUCAUCUCGCCUUACUCCUACCUCGCGUUCGAAACCUUAAUGCGCUACAGGGCACCGUGGAACCUGGACUUGAAGCUCAAGCCUUUCUUCCUGGGCGGUGUCAUGAAGGAGUCGAACAACAGACCGCCGGCACUCGUCCCAAACAAGGCCGCCUACAUGGUGAAGGACAUGCGUCGGCUGUCCGACUACUUUGGCGUGCCGAUCAAGACGCCCGACUUCUUCCUCGAGUUCAUAAUGACCAAGUCCACGAUCAAGCCGCAACGCUUUCUUGUAGCGCUCGACAUGAAGUACCCGCAGCAUCUCGAGGAGGCGUCGCGAGGAUUUUGGAAGCGCUUCUACCAGGACAACAAGGACAUUGCCGAGGAAGAGAGCGUCGCGGAGGUCGGUCGCGCCGCGGGCAUGGACGACAACGCACUUAAGGACGCCCUCGCCAUGAUCAAGGAGGACAAAGUCAAGCAGGUGCUCGUGGAGAACACGAAGCAGGCAGUCGACGGGUACGGCGCGUUCGGCGCGCCCACCAUCGUGGCGCACGUCGCGGGCAAGCCCGAGGUGUUUUUCGGCAGCGACAGAUUCGAAGUGAUGGCUCACGUCAUGGGAAAGAAGUGGCUCGGCCCAAAACCGGCCGAAGCAGCCAAGCUGUGAUAUGCGUGCGCGGGGUUUCAGCACUUUCAGGCAGCGAGGUAGCAACGAUGGGCCAGUAGGUCGUUCUGCGCAUGCCCGGUGCCUACCGGUAGUGAGCAUGCCCACAGGGUUGCCUAGAAACUCGGUGUUCCGGUGUUUUGUUAUACCGGUGUCGCACGGCAGAUCGCGAUCUUGUUUGAUCCGGAUCCAGCCAAUCGCAAUCGGGCUUCUUGAUCGCGAUCAUAGGCCCACGACACUUGGUUUUGAAAGUUGCAGACAAUCGGCAGACGACAAAUAGCCUUACCCACAAUGGCAAUUGAAAUAUUUUUAUUGAAAAAAGAAGCAUUAUAUUACAAUUUUACACAAGUUUGAUAUGUGCUUUGGAGCUGCUAAUGACAGCUGGUGUGCUUGAGCUCGCCCAAACUGAAUCCGGAUCGUUGGACCAUGUAGCAGCAAUCAUAGUAGAUCGCAAUUGAGAAAUGCCAUCUGGAUAGGGUCUGAUCUCGAUCAAAAGGGACCUUGAUGAAAAGUUUUGGUGAUUAAUAUAGUGGUUUGCCAUUGUAGCUCAAGUAUACAAACCACAAAGUAUACUACAUACUUAUGUAAGCAAGUAUCCACUUAUUAUAGAAAUAAACUGUAAGUAAGGCUGGGUGAUACAUGCUAACAUUGAAAUGUAUUUUGAAUACCGCCACGAAGCAAUACCAGUGAUAAGCAUUGGCCGUGUUGAUGAUGUUAGUAAGGCUAGCUACCAGGUUUAUAGAAAUAUGUUUUUUGGAGUUUCUAACAGCACUGUGAUGCAGAAGGAACAGUUUGUUCACGUGUCAACAUAUGAACAGCAUCAAGGAUAUUAAAAUCAACAUUGCAGGCAUGUGUGAAUAAAGUCUCAUUAAGAUUGCACUAAAUCCACUAGUGUAUUUUAUUAUUAUAAAUUAGAAAAAUGAGAAAAGUUCACUAAGGUAUGUCCACAGCGGUAAUGGUGAAAUACUGCUUACAGGCUGCCAACUUUACUGCAUGAAUAGUGAAACUUGUAUAGUGGUAUAUCGGUGUGUCUAUUUUUUUUACCCAUGUUGAUGUUUGUCUUUGAAUUUUAAUAAAAAAAUUCUACUCUGCUGAGAAAA